AUGCUGUGUACAGAAUCCCAGUCUUCAGAGUCUGGCCGGCUGCAGCCAACGAGUCUGUUCACGCGAGCCAACGCCCAGUCCUCUGCUGAGAUACUCAGGAAGUACCUCCUCGGCGGAGUUGCUUGGAGAUGUCUUGCGCUGUUAAGAGUUUUAGGGGUGGAGGGCCUGUCGUGUUGCCGGCAGCUGAGCUCGGUGCUGAUCUGGUUGUUCGGCGAGCUGGGCGGCAGCGGGGGCGGGGGCGGGGGGCGAGGCACCCCGCAGCUGCGCGUGCAGGCGCCGCGGGUGCCCAUACACCAGCUCUUCUCGCACAGGAUAUGGUCCAAACAAAAAUUAAAUCAAGCAACAAAAACAAUCUCCGCUGGAUCUUCCGAGCGAAGCUCCACCACUGGAAGGGCGAAGCAGAACGGCAUAUCCAAACAAGAUACCGCUGAUAAUAAAGCGAAGAAGCGACCCGCAAUAGACACUGACCAGUCCUCGGAGUCUGCUGACUCGAACGACGACCUUCAGAUCCUCAACAGAUCUAUGACCAUCAAAGUGUGCUCGCCCGAGGAUGACUUCGAAUAUUUCAACUCAUCAGUCCGCACCUCCAAUGAGUAUCCCAGUGAAACACUUUACACUGAUACAUUCAGUACGUUGCGUAAAAUAAAACCAAAGGCGGACGAUUAUAUGAACGAUAAACAUAGAGAUAUCAUCAACACUGAAAUCACCAGUUUUGAGUUCACACUCCUAAUUACGGACCUGCUUCAAGAGCUCUGCAAAACUGAGAGUAGUUUCACUGGAUCUGAGGGCUCACAGAUUUCAAUGCAGUGUAUAAACUUCUCCUUAAAAAACCUCUGCUCAUUGCAAUUCGGCUCUUUGCCGGCGCAGUCGAACUAUAACAGCGAGGAAGUGUCCAGGAUAAAAUUGGCGUUAACGGAACUCUUGAUCGUGUCUCUAGAUAAAGUCUUGAUCCACUCUGAUCUGUGUGCCAAAUUAAUUAACAACGGAAUCCUGCCAAUGCUACUUAGAAUUCUAGAAGAUGUAAUUUGUAAGUCUAGUAGUAAAUAUAACACAAAAGAGGGGAGUCCUACUAGUGCCAAAGAUGUAGAGAAACCAAAUGAGACUGAAGCGGAGAACUUGCUCAAAUUUGUGUUCGGUAUAGCGUAUUCUGUUACAGCGUUCUUCCAUUGUUUGCUAAUGCAAUGUCGGACGGUCGACAAGCUCAGAGAGUUCACCGAUCAGUUCAAACUUUACGGGGAAUGUCUGAAAGGCGGCCUUUUGAAAGAGUGCAUAGAACUGAUGAUAAGAAUCCCGGGAGUGAAUCAAGAAGCGAGUGUGAUAUUGAUUAAGAAGUUAAUAGAAUCUAUAGGGAAGCUUGUAAGUGGGAUGAAACGAGUGCGCAGUGAGGUGAUACAUACAGCUGCCUGUCCGCGAAAUCGGCAUAAAGCGUGCAGGCAGAGGGUUGCUGCGGGCAUGCAUCAUCACCACGAUGUGCUUGGAGAAGCCGGCACUGGCCUGCCUCUACCGUCCGCCUGUUGCAUCUCAGUUCUCUACGGAACUUUGACGUCAUUAGUCACUGAUGAGGAGAUAUCAGCUCAAAUCGUCUUGAGGAACAAAAUACUUAGAGUGAUGCUAAAAUGCGGGGUGUGUUGUUGUUUUUCGCCAGGAUUUCUCAUGGAAUGCAUCGUGAGAUUGAUGUUGACGCAUAACAGCGUAGCGCCACGAUGCCUCCAACUUCUCGAGCACACGGUCUAUGGUGAUUUGGGCUCUAGUGUACUAAUUCCACGAGUAACUGAUCAAUUGCCGUGUUCAAUUUGUGAGCCGAGCGAUGAUAAUAGGGACUUAGGGAGAAAGUAUUGCCCGCAUGGUGUCAGUCCGAUAGAAAGGAAAAGUGUGUGGUCUUUCCUAAUUCAUUACAACUCGUUGCUCCAGUUAGACAAUCAUAAUAACGUUCUCCAUGCAACUGUCAGCCACCUCCUCAAAGUGACGCCCAAGUGUCGCACAGAAAUGAAGUACGAGCUACUGUUUAGCGUUAUUUAUCCAACAUUCAUCGUUUCCAAGCACCGCUAUAUUAUAAGACAGGAGGAUUCAGCCUACUUCUUGACCGUUUCCUGUCUAAACAUCUUUGCGAGUCUCUUGAACACCGUCUCGUUCGCCGAACAGUUCAUACAGAAGGGUGGCCUCAGUUAUGUACUCGAGCUUGUAUCUCUCCCUGAAUUUUCCAAUCAGUGCUGCGCGAUUCUAGAAAUUGCCAUAAUCGUGGAGAUAUACAAAUUGAUGAAAGAGAACAGGGAGCUGAGUUACUAUCGGGAAAUGAGUUCGUUGUCGUCGGUGCAGAUGCUGUUUAAAUCUCUGUCAGAGAUGACCGACAAAUGCUACAAGAUAUAUAAAUUGAAACUUCCACCGGAAAAGUUCGAGGAGCUCUGCGAUUUGACAAAGGAGAAAGAAAUCCUCGCCACUACGACCAUCUCCAAUGCCGAGACUCGUGCAAGAAAACUUUCAGUGCCUACACGAACAACAUUUGCAUACAAUGAGAACACUGUGGAAGGAAAGGGGGAAGAGGAUAUGGAUACGUUGAAGAACAUUUGUACGUUCUGGAAGACGUGCGCCGGCCUCUGCCUGUACAGUCCGAUGUUUCGGGAGUACGUGGUGAGCGAGAGCGUGUUCCUGGACAGCUUCGCGCUGCUGAAGGUGGUGCUGCACUGCUUGUGCGAGUGCGAGUGCGGAGCCGCUGAAGCCAGGCUGCUCAUCAAGCUCAUGGAGGCACUCCUCACGGUGCAGUUUGCCGUCUCAGAGGUGACGCGGGGCGGGUCGCGUGAGGCCAGCUGCGGCGUGGUGCGCGCAGCUCUACGGGCUGCGGCCGGCUGUGGCGGUGGCACUGGUAGCGGAGGCACUGGCAGCAGUGGCACUGGCAGCAGUGGCACUGGCAGCAGUGGUUACAGCGACGGUGCGGGGCUGCGCGCGCUGUGCGACGCUCUCAUCGGCGUAGCGGUGGCGCGCCCGAGCCGACGACUUGCGAUGCCGCGCCUCACACCUGCUAAGGUGCCACCACUGCAGUGCGAAUCUGGUGGCAGCUCGGCAGACGGGUCCUCGAGCGAAGACGCUAGCGGUCCGUACGCCAGCGAGCACAGCGAGCCGCACGCUCGCAAUGACGACGGCUACGAGGCAGAUGUCGAGAUCGGGAAGUUGGACGCGUCCCAAGCCUACAAGUCACGGAAACUCUCUGAUUCCAUAUCCGUUCUGAGUAGCCUGUCUGAUAAUCAGUUCCCAAUGGAAGCUCUUAGUCUGGAAUGCAUGGAUCAGGACAAGAGCGGUGAGCUAGCGCAUCCUGAGCUAUGUGUCAUAGUGGUCGAUAUUCUCACGCAGCUUAUACAAAAGGUGAUGGACGCCGAGGAGCAGGGUGCGAGUGGUGUGAGUGGUGCGGGCGGUGCGGACAGUGCAGACGGCGGUCCGGAGAAGCUGGAGCGCGUGUGCAGCGGGCUGGCGCGUGCGCUCAGUGCGCGCCUCGCGGGGGGCGCCGCGCACUCAACGCCCCCCGCGUCCCCCGCACCGCCCGCACCCCCCAGGCUACUGCGCGCGCUGCUGGCGCCCGCAGUGCGCCGCCUGCUGAGCACCGCCCACACGCGACCCACGCGCUACGAACUUCAAAACAGCGUUCUAGAGCUGAUACACGUGGUGGCUUCACAGAACAUAGAACCGCGCGAGCUAGCUGCCCUUCUGCAGCUGUUCACAGCGGACUCUCCGCCCCUGGGCCCAUUGUUGAAUAUGUUACAAAAACUCGUGGACAACGCGAAGCCUUGCACGCCGGACUUUCAAUUAAGUUUCCCGAUACAAUUAGAAGCGAAUGCCUUCGACGAGUCUGAAGACUUUGCGGAAGAGAAUGCAGUCCGCAGUAAGUCGACCGACGUGAACACAAGUCGAUUGCAGCGCGCACAUCAGCGCACCGAGGGCGCUUGUGGACGAUUUCGCUGUGCUGCGCGCUGUAGUCUGGAGGGCGCGGGCUGGGCGCCCUGGUUGCAGGGCUUCGCCCUCGUGCUGUGGUUGCAGCUGCUCACUGACGACAAAACACAGGGGAAAGAGGAAGCAGAAGGUGACGAAGAGCAGGCGCGGCGUCGGGCCGCCGAGUGCGACGAGCAGCUCGGCGAGCAGUUCGAUGAGCGCGCCGACUCGCACAAGCUGGCGCACGUGCUGUCGCUGGGCCACGAGGCGCUCAUGCUCGAGCUCUGGCUGCACGUAGCCACCGGCGGGCUGUGGGUGCGGCUGUCGCGGGGCGGCGCGGUGCUGUGCAGCGGGCGCGCCGCGUGCGCGCUGGCGGCGCGGCGCUGGACGUGCGUCGCGCUCAACGUGCGCGAGCUGCUGCUGCGCCGCCGCCUGCACGUGCAGGUCACGUUCUACUUAAACGGACGCGAAUGCGAUACAGUCUCUCUACCGUUACAAGGCAUCCUAAUUCGCAAGGCGACGCCGACCACCUUGCUUCUGGGGCAGGCGGUGGCUGGUGUGGCAGGUGCGGGUGGUGUGGCAGGUGUGGCGGGCGUGGCGGCGAGCUGGCAGCUGGGCUCGCUGCGCGUGCUGCGUGCGCCCGUGCUCACCGCGCCCACGGCGCUGCACCUCGCUGCACACGGACCAGACCACGCCUGCGAGGUGCAAUGUGAAGAGCCUAAUUUUGCUGCCAUAAUGACGCCAGAAAUUUUGGAAAUGAACAUCGAUUGGGAUCAGGUGUACGAGCUGGAUGCGGGUGCGCUGCGCGCGCUGCACGACGCGCUGCUGCUGCAGCUGGCGCCGCACGCGCCGCGCGCCGCCCGCCUCUACCCGCCGCCCACCCCGCCCGCCCCGUCAGUCCAGACCGCCCCACCAGCCGCAUCUGGCGGGCGCAGCAGUGUAGGCAUCCCGGAGACAUUGCGCGUGGAGUGGUUUGGACGACCGCGAGUUCACCAGCAUAAAGGUUUCGCACCCGCAUUGUUGCUGUUGGGUGGACCAGAACUUCUGUUCUAUCUCUGUGCUAGGGUGGUGGAGGCGGGUGGGAGCGCACGCGAGCAGGCGGGCGCGCUGCGCGUGCUGCUGCGGGCGGCGCGCGGCGACGCGCGCGUGCGCGGCGCCACGCUGCGGCCGCGCGCGCUGCGCCUGCUGCUGCCCGUGCUGGCGGCGCCGCGCUGCCGCGUCUCUGCGCACCUGCUGCAGGUAAUUCUGGAGGCGGCGUGCAGCAGCUCUCCACUGGUGGUGAGCGGUGGUGGGGGCGAGGAGGACGGCACGGUGCGGCUGCGUACGCGCGGCGACUGCGCGCUGCUGGAGCCGCGCCUGCUGCUGCUGCUGCUGCGCGCCUGGCCCUUCCUACACACGAUUCAGGUGUCGUGGGAGGAGGAUGGCGGGGGUGUGCAGCAGGCGCAGCAGGUGGAGCAGGGAUCGGCGUGGGCGUUGGUGCUGCGCUGCUGCUGCGCGCUGCUGGGCGGCACGCGGCGCGCCUUCAACCAGCAGCAGGCCGCGCGCGCUGAGCUGCUGCGCCACCUGCUGCUCGCCUGCAAGGAGCGGUUCCUGAACUCGGAGAGCGGGCCGCUGUGCGCGGCGGGCAGCGGCAGCCUGGUGCGGCUGGCGCGCGCGCUGCUGGCCGCGCCGCAGCGCGCGCUGCUGCUGCGCCUCCUGGCGCUGCUCUGCGACUUCCUGCUGCUCAUGCACCAGGCAAGCGACACGUUCGUCACGCACUCCCGUGCCAACUUCUAUUUUCUCCUCACCGCGGAGACACCAGAGACGAGCGAAUUCAACUUCCUUACGUUCAUGAACAAGCGCAAAAACAAGGAGUACAAGCUGAAGAGGGACUUCGAGAGCCUCACUCUCAACGACGCAACUGAAGACGCGGCGGCACUAAGCGACAGCUAUCUCACACCGCUGAAGGAUCUGGAUCUGUCCACGAGCCGAGACACCGAGAGCGACAGAACCGAUGUGGAGAGCAGCACCGAGUCCACUAAAGAAAUGAAAGGCAUCAUCAAUGAACAAAUCAAGGAGAGCAGGAAAGAAAAUGGAACGGCAACUCAGAACAAAGAAGCUCCUGAGGUUGAGGGUGCUGGUGGGGAGGGAGUGGAGAGCGCGGAGAGCGCAGAGGCGCCGAACGGAUACGUGGUGGUGGAGGAGGACGAGCUGCGCCACACCACCGUCGAGCUCUACACCGGCGGCAUUUACCACCAGCGGCGUGUACGAGCGGGCGCGGAGCCGGGCUGGACGGCGUGCAGCGGGCUGCUGCUGCUGCUGCGCGACGUGCUCGCAGCGCUGCCCGACGCGCUGCUCGCUCAGGCGUUACGCGAGGCGCUGCAGGCGGAAAACCUGGUGGUGCUGGCCAAUCACCGCAGCGCGAGCGUUCGCAGCGCCGUGGUGCGCUGCGUGUGCGUGCUGCAGCGUCGCGCGCCUCACGCGCUGUUCGCCACUCCCGCCGCACAGCACUACUACCUGCACCUCGCCGACCAGAUAUCUCUAUACCCUGGUUCUUGGGAGCUGGCUACGGCAUGUGCAGCACUGCUCACUAAAUGCGACGUUCCAUUAGAAGAUCAACUGGACGACGACAUCUGGGUGGAUGUGGGCGAGGACGUGGCGCAGCGUGGCGCACCGCUGCUGGCGCUGCUGCCCGUCUGCCUGCACCUGGUGCCGCUGGCGCACAACGUGACGCUGCUGCUGCGCCGCCUCGUGCGCAAGGCAUCCUUGAAAGCACUCACAGAGAUCGCGUUAGUGGAAGUGGUGAUCCGUGCUAUCCGAGAAAUUGGCCGCAUGGAGGACAAUUUCGAGGGCCGCGAGCUGUUGCUGGAGGAUCUCCACGGAUUGCUGAAUAAAGUGGCGAUUAAAGCGCUUGAAAGCAAUCAUGGCAUGCAGACGGUGAUAGAGAUGGAGCAGCAGCUGCGCUACGUGCAGCAGAGCGCGCGCGGCGCGUCCGCAGCGCGCGUGCGGCGCGAGGCGCGCGCAGCGCUGCGCUCGCUGCUGCUGCAGCAGCUCCACCACCUGGAGGCGCGCAUCGCUGAGCCCCACCACCACACGCACGCCAACUACUUCGCGAACGUGCUGGGCGCGGAGGGGCGCGGCGAGGCGGGCGCGCGGCUGGGCGGCGCGGUGGCGCGCGCGCUGGCGCUGCUGCUGGAGCGCUCGCCGCGCGCCAAGCUGCACGACGACCACCCGCUGUUCUGCCGCCUGCUCGACACGCUGCUGCGAGGUGCGGCCGGCGGUGGCGGCGAGGGGCGGGCGCGGUGGUCGGCGGGGUGGAGCGCGGAGUGCGGCGCGCGGCUGCUGGAGCUGUUCUGGUGGGCGGGCGCGCCGGCGCCGGGCGCGCGCGCGCUGCAGUCCGCCCUGCUGCGUGCGCUGUACGCCGCGCCGCGCGCCGCACUGGCGCACCUCGCGCCGCGCGACCCCGCCGCCAUGCGCAAGCUGGCGGUGUACCUGCUGUCGAUGCUGCAGCAUGUGCACGCAGCGGCCGAGGGCGGCGAGCCGGCGGUGGAGUUGGCCAUCACGGACUGGGCGCGCGGCUGGGCCGUGGCCACGCAGGCCGAGCUGGCCGAGCGCCUGCCCAGCGCCGCGCUGCCGCACGAGGCCGAGCGCUUCCUGCGCGAGGACGAGGAGCGCUGGCGCCGCCCUGCAGCAGCACACCGCCAACGCACCGCCAUAGCCAAGGCGGUGUUCGGGCGGGAGACGUUGGCGUUACGAGCGACGGAGACCGCCAUGGCGGUGACGCGGCGAGUAGUGGAGGCGCAGAACGCUGAGCGCAAGGCCUUCCUCGAGCACCUGCGCACCGCGCAGGCGCACCACGCGGCCGCCGCGCAGCGCUGGCAGCUGCUCGUCGACACGCACGCACACGAGCGCGGCGUAUGGCACAGCCCGCGUGGCUGGCCGACGUCGUGGCAGCUGGACAGCACGGAGGGGCCGGGGCGAGUUCGCGUUCGCCUGCGCCGAGCGCACCUGCGCCUGCCUGCGCGCUUCCUGCAGCCCCAUGCGAGGUACAAGGCAGAGGCAGCGCUGCAGCCGGGCCCCCUGCGCGGCGUGCUGGGCGGCGUGCUGGGCGGCGGGCGGUGCGGCGCGCGGGGCGGGGCGGGCGGCGGGGCGGGCGGCGGGGCGGGCGGCGGGCUGGCGGCGCGCCUGGCGCCCGGCGAGAGCGUGGCCUUCAUGGCGCGCGUCGUGCACGUCACCGUGGCCAGCGAGACGCCCGGCGAGCUGCUGCUCAGCGACCGGUGCAUCCACUUCGUGCCUGAGUGCAACGAGGACGAGGGUGAGAAGGGGGCGAAUGGGGCUAGUGGGACGGGUGGGGCGGAGGGGUGCGAGGCGCAGUCGUGGGCGCUGGGCAGCGUGGCGCGCGUGGCGGCGCGACGCUGGUGCCUGCAGGAGCGCGGCGCCGAGCUGUUCCUGCUGUCCGGCCACGCGCACCUGCUGGCUUUCCCCGACACGCCCGAGCGCGACGCCUUCCUGCACGCGCUCCUAGCUGCUCACCUGCCCAACAGGUACGUACACAUACCCAUUGCCUGCAGGAUCGGCGCCGAGCUGUUCCUGCUGUCCGGCCACGCGCACCUGCUGGCUUUCCCCGACACGCCCGAGCGCGACGCCUUCCUGCACGCGCUCCUAGCUGCUCACCUGCCCAACAGGUACGUACACAUACCCAUUGCCUGCAGGAUCGGCGCCGAGCUGUUCCUGCUGUCCGGCCACGCGCACCUGCUGGCUUUCCCCGACACGCCCGAGCGCGACGCCUUCCUGCACGCGCUCCUAGCUGCUCACCUGCCCAACAGGUACGUACACAUACCCAUUGCCUGCAGGAUCGGCGCCGAGCUGUUCCUGCUGUCCGGCCACGCGCACCUGCUGGCUUUCCCCGACACGCCCGAGCGCGACGCCUUCCUGCACGCGCUCCUAGCUGCUCACCUGCCCAACAGGUACGUACACAUACCCAUUGCCUGCAGGAUCGGCGCCGAGCUGUUCCUGCUGUCCGGCCACGCGCACCUGCUGGCUUUCCCCGACACGCCCGAGCGCGACGCCUUCCUGCACGCGCUCCUAGCUGCUCACCUGCCCAACAGGUACGUACACAUACCCAUUGCCUGCAGGAUCGGCGCCGAGCUGUUCCUGCUGUCCGGCCACGCGCACCUGCUGGCUUUCCCCGACACGCCCGAGCGCGACGCCUUCCUGCACGCGCUCCUAGCUGCUCACCUGCCCAACAGGUACGUACACAUACCCAUUGCCUGCAGGAUCGGCGCCGAGCUGUUCCUGCUGUCCGGCCACGCGCACCUGCUGGCUUUCCCCGACACGCCCGAGCGCGACGCCUUCCUGCACGCGCUCCUAGCUGCUCACCUGCCCAACAGGUACGUACACAUACCCAUUGCCUGCAGGAUCGGCGCCGAGCUGUUCCUGCUGUCCGGCCACGCGCACCUGCUGGCUUUCCCCGACACGCCCGAGCGCGACGCCUUCCUGCACGCGCUCCUAGCUGCUCACCUGCCCAACAGGUACGUACACAUACCCAUUGCCUGCAGGAUCGGCGCCGAGCUGUUCCUGCUGUCCGGCCACGCGCACCUGCUGGCUUUCCCCGACACGCCCGAGCGCGACGCCUUCCUGCACGCGCUCCUAGCUGCUCACCUGCCCAACAGGUACGUACACAUACCCAUUGCCUGCAGGAUCGGCGCCGAGCUGUUCCUGCUGUCCGGCCACGCGCACCUGCUGGCUUUCCCCGACACGCCCGAGCGCGACGCCUUCCUGCACGCGCUCCUAGCUGCUCACCUGCCCAACAGGUACGUACACAUACCCAUUGCCUGCAGGAUCGGCGCCGAGCUGUUCCUGCUGUCCGGCCACGCGCACCUGCUGGCUUUCCCCGACACGCCCGAGCGCGACGCCUUCCUGCACGCGCUCCUAGCUGCUCACCUGCCCAACAGGUACGUACACAUACCCAUUGCCUGCAGGAUCGGCGCCGAGCUGUUCCUGCUGUCCGGCCACGCGCACCUGCUGGCUUUCCCCGACACGCCCGAGCGCGACGCCUUCCUGCACGCGCUCCUAGCUGCUCACCUGCCCAACAGGUACGUACACAUACCCAUUGCCUGCAGGAUCGGCGCCGAGCUGUUCCUGCUGUCCGGCCACGCGCACCUGCUGGCUUUCCCCGACACGCCCGAGCGCGACGCCUUCCUGCACGCGCUCCUAGCUGCUCACCUGCCCAACAGGUACGUACACAUACCCAUUGCCUGCAGGAUCGGCGCCGAGCUGUUCCUGCUGUCCGGCCACGCGCACCUGCUGGCUUUCCCCGACACGCCUGAGCGCGACGCCUUCCUGCACGCGCUCCUAGCUGCUCACCUGCCCAACAGGUACGUACACAUACCCAUUGCCUGCAGGAUCGGCGCCGAGCUGUUCCUGCUGUCCGGCCACGCGCACCUGCUGGCUUUCCCCGACACGCCCGAGCGCGACGCCUUCCUGCACGCGCUCCUAGCUGCUCACCUGCCCAACAGGUACGUACACAUACCCAUUGCCUGCAGGAUCGGCGCCGAGCUGUUCCUGCUGUCCGGCCACGCGCACCUGCUGGCUUUCCCCGACACGCCCGAGCGCGACGCCUUCCUGCACGCGCUCCUAGCUGCUCACCUGCCCAACAGGUACGUACACAUACCCAUUGCCUGCAGGAUCGGCGCCGAGCUGUUCCUGCUGUCCGGCCACGCGCACCUGCUGGCUUUCCCCGACACGCCCGAGCGCGACGCCUUCCUGCACGCGCUCCUAGCUGCUCACCUGCCCAACAGGUACGUACACAUACCCAUUGCCUGCAGGAUCGGCGCCGAGCUGUUCCUGCUGUCCGGCCACGCGCACCUGCUGGCUUUCCCCGACACGCCCGAGCGCGACGCCUUCCUGCACGCGCUCCUAGCUGCUCACCUGCCCAACAGGUACGUACACAUACCCAUUGCCUGCAGGAUCGGCGCCGAGCUGUUCCUGCUGUCCGGCCACGCGCACCUGCUGGCUUUCCCCGACACGCCCGAGCGCGACGCCUUCCUGCACGCGCUCCUAGCUGCUCACCUGCCCAACAGGUACGUACACAUACCCAUUGCCUGCAGGAUCGGCGCCGAGCUGUUCCUGCUGUCCGGCCACGCGCACCUGCUGGCUUUCCCCGACACGCCCGAGCGCGACGCCUUCCUGCACGCGCUCCUAGCUGCUCACCUGCCCAACAGGUACGUACACAUACCCAUUGCCUGCAGGAUCGGCGCCGAGCUGUUCCUGCUGUCCGGCCACGCGCACCUGCUGGCUUUCCCCGACACGCCCGAGCGCGACGCCUUCCUGCACGCGCUCCUAGCUGCUCACCUGCCCAACAGGUACGUACACAUACCCAUUGCCUGCAGGAUCGGCGCCGAGCUGUUCCUGCUGUCCGGCCACGCGCACCUGCUGGCUUUCCCCGACACGCCCGAGCGCGACGCCUUCCUGCACGCGCUCCUAGCUGCUCACCUGCCCAACAGGUACGUACACAUACCCAUUGCCUGCAGGAUCGGCGCCGAGCUGUUCCUGCUGUCCGGCCACGCGCACCUGCUGGCUUUCCCCGACACGCCCGAGCGCGACGCCUUCCUGCACGCGCUCCUAGCUGCUCACCUGCCCAACAGGUACGUACACAUACCCAUUGCCUGCAGGAUCGGCGCCGAGCUGUUCCUGCUGUCCGGCCACGCGCACCUGCUGGCUUUCCCCGACACGCCCGAGCGCGACGCCUUCCUGCACGCGCUCCUAGCUGCUCACCUGCCCAACAGGUACGUACACAUACCCAUUGCCUGCAGGAUCGGCGCCGAGCUGUUCCUGCUGUCCGGCCACGCGCACCUGCUGGCUUUCCCCGACACGCCCGAGCGCGACGCCUUCCUGCACGCGCUCCUAGCUGCUCACCUGCCCAACAGGUACGUACACAUACCCAUUGCCUGCAGGAUCGGCGCCGAGCUGUUCCUGCUGUCCGGCCACGCGCACCUGCUGGCUUUCCCCGACACGCCCGAGCGCGACGCCUUCCUGCACGCGCUCCUAGCUGCUCACCUGCCCAACAGGUACGUACACAUACCCAUUGCCUGCAGGAUCGGCGCCGAGCUGUUCCUGCUGUCCGGCCACGCGCACCUGCUGGCUUUCUCCGACACGCCCGAGCGCGACGCCUUCCUGCACGCGCUCCUAGCUGCUCACCUGCCCAACAGGUACGUACACAUACCCAUUGCCUGCAGGAUCGGCGCCGAGCUGUUCCUGCUGUCCGGCCACGCGCACCUGCUGGCUUUCCCCGACACGCCCGAGCGCGACGCCUUCCUGCACGCGCUCCUAGCUGCUCACCUGCCCAACAGGUACGUACACAUACCCAUUGCCUGCAGGAUCGGCGCCGAGCUGUUCCUGCUGUCCGGCCACGCGCACCUGCUGGCUUUCCCCGACACGCCCGAGCGCGACGCCUUCCUGCACGCGCUCCUAGCUGCUCACCUGCCCAACAGGUACGUACACAUACCCAUUGCCUGCAGGAUCGGCGCCGAGCUGUUCCUGCUGUCCGGCCACGCGCACCUGCUGGCUUUCCCCGACACGCCCGAGCGCGACGCCUUCCUGCACGCGCUCCUAGCUGCUCACCUGCCCAACAGGUACGUACACAUACCCAUUGCCUGCAGGAUCGGCGCCGAGCUGUUCCUGCUGUCCGGCCACGCGCACCUGCUGGCUUUCCCCGACACGCCCGAGCGCGACGCCUUCCUGCACGCGCUCCUAGCUGCUCACCUGCCCAACAGGUACGUACACAUACCCAUUGCCUGCAGGAUCGGCGCCGAGCUGUUCCUGCUGUCCGGCCACGCGCACCUGCUGGCUUUCCCCGACACGCCCGAGCGCGACGCCUUCCUGCACGCGCUCCUAGCUGCUCACCUGCCCAACAGGUACGUACACAUACCCAUUGCCUGCAGGAUCGGCGCCGAGCUGUUCCUGCUGUCCGGCCACGCGCACCUGCUGGCUUUCCCCGACACGCCCGAGCGCGACGCCUUCCUGCACGCGCUCCUAGCUGCUCACCUGCCCAACAGGUACGUACACAUACCCAUUGCCUGCAGGAUCGGCGCCGAGCUGUUCCUGCUGUCCGGCCACGCGCACCUGCUGGCUUUCCCCGACACGCCCGAGCGCGACGCCUUCCUGCACGCGCUCCUAGCUGCUCACCUGCCCAACAGGUACGUACACAUACCCAUUGCCUGCAGGAUCGGCGCCGAGCUGUUCCUGCUGUCCGGCCACGCGCACCUGCUGGCUUUCCCCGACACGCCCGAGCGCGACGCCUUCCUGCACGCGCUCCUAGCUGCUCACCUGCCCAACAGGUACGUACACAUACCCAUUGCCUGCAGGAUCGGCGCCGAGCUGUUCCUGCUGUCCGGCCACGCGCACCUGCUGGCUUUCCCCGACACGCCCGAGCGCGACGCCUUCCUGCACGCGCUCCUAGCUGCUCACCUGCCCAACAGGUACGUACACAUACCCAUUGCCUGCAGGAUCGGCGCCGAGCUGUUCCUGCUGUCCGGCCACGCGCACCUGCUGGCUUUCCCCGACACGCCCGAGCGCGACGCCUUCCUGCACGCGCUCCUAGCUGCUCACCUGCCCAACAGGUACGUACACAUACCCAUUGCCUGCAGGAUCGGCGCCGAGCUGUUCCUGCUGUCCGGCCACGCGCACCUGCUGGCUUUCCCCGACACGCCCGAGCGCGACGCCUUCCUGCACGCGCUCCUAGCUGCUCACCUGCCCAACAGGUACGUACACAUACCCAUUGCCUGCAGGAUCGGCGCCGAGCUGUUCCUGCUGUCCGGCCACGCGCACCUGCUGGCUUUCCCCGACACGCCCGAGCGCGACGCCUUCCUGCACGCGCUCCUAGCUGCUCACCUGCCCAACAGGUACGUACACAUACCCAUUGCCUGCAGGAUCGGCGCCGAGCUGUUCCUGCUGUCCGGCCACGCGCACCUGCUGGCUUUCCCCGACACGCCCGAGCGCGACGCCUUCCUGCACGCGCUCCUAGCUGCUCACCUGCCCAACAGGUACGUACACAUACCCAUUGCCUGCAGGAUCGGCGCCGAGCUGUUCCUGCUGUCCGGCCACGCGCACCUGCUGGCUUUCCCCGACACGCCCGAGCGCGACGCCUUCCUGCACGCGCUCCUAGCUGCACACCUGCCCAACAGGUACGUACACAUACCCAUUGCCUGCAGGAUCGGCGCCGAGCUGUUCCUGCUGUCCGGCCACGCGCACCUGCUGGCUUUCCCCGACACGCCCGAGCGCGACGCCUUCCUGCACGCGCUCCUAGCUGCUCACCUGCCCAACAGGUACGUACACAUACCCAUUGCCUGCAGGAUCGGCGCCGAGCUGUUCCUGCUGUCCGGCCACGCGCACCUGCUGGCUUUCCCCGACACGCCCGAGCGCGACGCCUUCCUGCACGCGCUCCUAGCUGCUCACCUGCCCAACAGGUACGUACACAUACCCAUUGCCUGCAGGAUCGGCGCCGAGCUGUUCCUGCUGUCCGGCCACGCGCACCUGCUGGCUUUCCCCGACACGCCCGAGCGCGACGCCUUCCUGCACGCGCUCCUAGCUGCUCACCUGCCCAACAGGUACGUACACAUACCCAUUGCCUGCAGGAUCGGCGCCGAGCUGUUCCUGCUGUCCGGCCACGCGCACCUGCUGGCUUUCCCCGACACGCCCGAGCGCGACGCCUUCCUGCACGCGCUCCUAGCUGCUCACCUGCCCAACAGGUACGUACACAUACCCAUUGCCUGCAGGAUCGGCGCCGAGCUGUUCCUGCUGUCCGGCCACGCGCACCUGCUGGCUUUCCCCGACACGCCCGAGCGCGACGCCUUCCUGCACGCGCUCCUAGCUGCUCACCUGCCCAACAGGUACGUACACAUACCCAUUGCCUGCAGGAUCGGCGCCGAGCUGUUCCUGCUGUCCGGCCACGCGCACCUGCUGGCUUUCCCCGACACGCCCGAGCGCGACGCCUUCCUGCACGCGCUCCUAGCUGCUCACCUGCCCAACAGGUACGUACACAUACCCAUUGCCUGCAGGAUCGGCGCCGAGCUGUUCCUGCUGUCCGGCCACGCGCACCUGCUGGCUUUCCCCGACACGCCCGAGCGCGACGCCUUCCUGCACGCGCUCCUAGCUGCUCACCUGCCCAACAGGUACGUACACAUACCCAUUGCCUGCAGGAUCGGCGCCGAGCUGUUCCUGCUGUCCGGCCACGCGCACCUGCUGGCUUUCCCCGACACGCCCGAGCGCGACGCCUUCCUGCACGCGCUCCUAGCUGCUCACCUGCCCAACAGGACAGAGCAAGAAAGCUUAUCAGAAGUGAUGAACCAAUGGCGAAACGGCACCAUCACCAACUGGGAAUACCUGAUGGCGCUAAACGGUCUCGCCGGACGGUCUUACAACGAUCUGAUGCAGUACCCCGUGUUCCCCUUCAUCAUCGCCGACUACACCUCCAAGAUCCUCGACCUCAACGACCCCGCCUCGUUUCGGGACCUCAGCAAACCCAUGGCUGUACAAAACAAGAAUAGAGAGCAACAUUACAUAAAUACUUAUAACGACCUGAAAGCGGCCAGGCGCGAGGGCUGCAGCCCGCUGCUGUCGCGGCAGCCGCACCACUACGCCUCGCUGUACUCCAACUCGGGCGGCGUGCUGCACUACCUGGUGCGAGUGCCGCCCUUCACCGAGCUCUUCCUCAACUACCAAGACAACAACUUCGACAUGCCGGACCGUACGUUCCACUCGAUGGCAACCACGUGGCGUCUCAUCACCAACGAUUCGCCUACGGACGUCAAGGAGCUCAUCCCCGAGCUGUUCUACCUGCCAGAGCUGUUUUACAACAAUGAAGGGCUGGAGCUGGGCGUGCGGCAGUGCGGCGCGCGCGUGGACAGCGUGGAGCUGGCGCGCUGGGCGGCCGACGCGCGGCUGUUCACGCUGGCGCAGCGCCAGGCGCUCGAGGCGCCGCUCGUCACCGAGCGCCUGCCGCUCUGGAUCGACCUGGUCUUCGGCUACAAGCAGACCGGCCAGCCUGCCAUCGAUGCCAUCAACGUCUUCCCGGCAUGCACCUAUUACGGAUUUGACCCGAGUGCACUGGAGGACGAGGUGGACCGCACGGCUGCGGCGGCCAUGGUGCGCACGUACGGGCAGGCGCCGCGCCAGCUGCUGCGCACGCCGCACCCGCACGCCGCGCGGGACCUGCUGCCGCGCACGCAGAGUGAGGUGAUGGCGGGCGUGUCGGGCAUACAGUGGGGGCGCUACUGCGGCUCGCCGGCACUGGGCGCGCCCGCAGUGGCGGCGCGGCGCGUGUGCGGCGGCGCGGCGCGUUUGAUCCCGCUGGGCGCGCCGCGCCGCCGCACCGUGGCCGCGUGCCGCGCGCACACCGCGCUGCUGCCGCUGCCGCUGCCGCAAGGUAACCGCGCCCACACUACCCACACGCUCAGCAAGCGCCUGGUGCCGCGCCGCCGCACCGUGGCCGCGUGCCGCGCGCACACCGCGCUGCUGCCGCUGCCGCUGCCGCAAGGUAACCGCGCCCACACUACCCACACGCUCAGCAAGCGCCUGGUGCCGCGCCGCCGCACCGUGGCCGCGUGCCGCGCGCACACCGCGCUGCUGCCGCUGCCGCUGCCGCAAGGUAACCGCGCCCACACUACCCACACGCUCAGCAAGCGCCUGGUGCCGCGCCGCCGCACCGUGGCCGCGUGCCGCGCGCACACCGCGCUGCUGCCGCUGCCGCUGCCGCAAGGUAACCGCGCCCACACUACCCACACGCUCAGCAAGCGCCUGGUGCCGCGCCGCCGCACCGUGGCCGCGUGCCGCGCGCACACCGCGCUGCUGCCGCUGCCGCUGCCGCAAGGUAACCGCGCCCACACUACCCACACGCUCAGCAAGCGCCUGGUGCCGCGCCGCCGCACCGUGGCCGCGUGCCGCGCGCACACCGCGCUGCUGCCGCUGCCGCUGCCGCAAGGUAACCGCGCCCACACUACCCACACGCUCAGCAAGCGCCUGGUGCCGCGCCGCCGCACCGUGGCCGCGUGCCGCGCGCACACCGCGCUGCUGCCGCUGCCGCUGCCGCAAGAGGAGGGCGGUGGCGGUGGCGGUGGCGGUGGCGGCGGCGAGGGCGGCGCGUGGGGGCUGGUGUCGUGGGGGCACGCGGACGGCGCGCUGCGGCUGCGGCGCCGCGCCGCGCCCGCGCCCGCGCCGCUGCUGCACGUGCCCCCCCUCGACCAGAUCACGGAGGUGUGCACGACGUGCGCGGUGGGCGCGUGGGCGUGGACGUUGUUCGUGGGGCUGGCGUCCGGGCGGGUGCUGGCGCUGCGGCUGGGCGGCGUGGCGGGCGGGGCGGGCGGCGAGGCGGAGAGCGGGGCGGGCGGCGGCGAGGUGCGGCAGCUGGCGGCGCACGCCGCGCCCGUGGCGGCGCUGUGCGCGUGCGCGCCCGCCGCGCUGCUCGUGUCCGCGGACCGCGCCGGCCGCAUCGUGCUGUGGGACCUCAACCGACUAACAUACAUCCGCACGCUGCCGAACCGCGAGCGGCUACCCGUGACGCACGUGGCGGUGAGCGAGACCCUGAGCGACGUGGCCACCGUGCACGAGCUGCGGCCGCGCGCUCGCACCGGCGCGCAGCGAGACGACACCGACGAGCCUGCAGAUGCAGACGUGCAAGCUGACGCAGACGUCGACUCUGACACAUAUGAACGGGAUGCCAUAGACAAAUACCAGUCCUUGAUACGCGUGCACACGGUCAACGGACGCUUCGUCGGUAACGUGAAGGUGCCGGAGGUGGUGACGUGCGUGUGCUACUCGAACGCGCCAGAGGGCGCCAGUGUGAACUGCGUGGCGGCGGGGCUGCGCUCGGGCGAGGUGCGGCUCUACAGCAGCUGGGAGCUGCGGCCCGUGCGCACGCUGCCGCCGCCGCACGCCCCGCCGCACGCGCCGCCGCCGCUGCUCAGCGUGGCGUUCAGCGCGGACUCUGCGGUGCUGUUCGCGUGCUACGCGGGCGGGCUGCUGCUGGCCUGGGCGCCCGAGCCCGCCGCGCGCCCCGCGCCCCGCAUGCUGCCCGCGCACGCGCUGCUCUAA